GGCCUGAAGAGAGGAUAAGUGUAGCUCAAAGUCCGCAACCGCCCUUGCCCUGCCCCCAGCGGCUCCUGGCCCCAGCCAGGACCAGCAAGCGCGGCCACAGCCGGGCCCCGGAGCCUGGCGGAGCAGCCUCCGUCUCUGGUGCCCGUCGGUGCCCUGCGGGCAAAGGGGCUUCAGCGCUCAACCAGGCGCAUGCGCGGCCCUCUUUCUCCAGAGGAUUCCUCCGGUCACCUGGACGACCACAUUUCAGACACCUGCCCCUCCCGGUCCCUUCUCGCUCUUGACUCCUCCAGCUGGUUCUCACCUCUGGCCCCCCUCCUUCUCCUCCCGCAAGCACCGCUAGGCCUUCCCACGGCAGCGAGCCGACACCCGGGCUUCCACUGACACGAGCUUCUCGGCGCGGCUUCCGCUUCCGGCGAGUAUUGUGUGUCGCGCUGCGGGGCGGGGGCGGGGGGAGGAGGAAGGAGGGAGGCAGCGCUCCGGCGGCUCCGCGCCCCGCACUCCCGGACCUGAAGCCGGGAAGGUAGGUGCUGUCCCGCCGCCGCGCCCGGGCCCUGGGGCCUGCCCCUGCCGGCCGGCUCCGCACGCCGCGUCCCAGCGCCCCGCGACUGCGUCACCGGCCCCCCGCACGUAACCACAGCUGCCUCCGCCCGCCUCGGGCCCGGGCGGACGUUUUGCCGCCCCGGCGACGUCAGCGCGUCCGGCGUUGCUUGGCUACCCCGCCGUUCCCCCGUCCCGCUGCCGCUCGCCUCCCCGGGUGAAACUCUGACGCCGUCACCGCGGGCCUCGGCUGCGUCAUAGCGGCGGGCAUCCCACCUUCACGUCACACCUCCUCCUCACCUGGACACGCAUUCCUCCCUCCCUGUCAACCACGACGUUUCCUCUCCCCCUCUCCAAUCCCCUUACGCCAGAUCUGGCGAGAGAAGAUGGAGACGAGGGUGGGACUGAGUUGUGGACGACGCUCAGGAGAGGGUCGCAAGGUGGGACCCCGGACAGUGGUAGAAACAAAAUGAGGACGUCCCUGAAGUUUGCCCUUCUACUGAGACACGAGGAAUAGAGGGAAAGAAAUGACCAACCCAGAGGCACCCGAGGCCUCACUAUGGCUGUAAAGUCCUCUCUCUGCUUUCCUAACCUUUUCCCCAUUUCUCUUUCACACCACUUCUUUGCCAGUCUAGAUCCAUCCUGGUCCCUAAAUCUGCGUACAGUUCAACUCACCCCAGUUAAAUAAUGGCAGAGACAAGUCUGUUAGAUGCUGGGGCCUCUGCAGCCUCCACAGCUGCAGCGCUGGAGAACUUACAGGUGGAGGCGAGUUGCUCUGUGUGCCUGGAGUAUCUGAAGGAGCCUGUCAUCAUUGAGUGUGGACACAACUUCUGCAAAGCUUGCAUCACCCGUUGGUGGGAGGACCUAGAGAGGGACUUCCCUUGUCCUGUGUGUCGAAAAACAUCCCGCUACCGCAGUCUCCGACCUAAUCGACAACUAGGCAGUAUGGUGGAAAUUGCCAAGCAGCUCCAGGCUGUUAAGCGGAAGAUCCGAGAUGAAAGCCUCUGUCCCCAGCACCAUGAGGCCCUCAGCCUCUUUUGCUAUGAGGACCAGGAGGCUGUAUGUUUGAUAUGUGCAAUUUCCCACACCCACCGGGCCCACACCGUCGUGCCACUGGAUGAUGCCACACAGGAGUACAAGGAAAAAUUGCAGAAGUGCCUGGAGCCCCUGGAGCAGAAGCUGCAGGAGAUCACCCGCUGCAAGUCCUCUGAGGAGAAGAAGCCUGGAGAGCUCAAGAGACUAGUGGAAUGUCGCCGGCAACAGAUCUUAAAGGAAUUUGAAGAGCUUCAUAGGCGGCUGGAUGAAGAGCAGCAGAUGUUGCUUUCACGACUGGAGGAGGAGGAACAAGACAUUCUACAGCGCCUCCGAGAAAAUGCUGCUCACCUUGGAGACAAGCGCCGGGACCUGGCCCACUUGGCUGCUGAGGUGGAGGGCAAGUGCUUACAGUCAGGCUUCGAGAUGCUUAAGGAUGUCAAAAGUACCCUGGAAAAAUGUGAGAAGGUGAAGACCAUGGAGGUGACUUCAGUGUCUAUAGAGCUGGAAAAGAACUUCAGCAAUUUCCCCCGACAGUACUUUGCCCUAAGGAAAAUCCUUAAACAGCUAAUUGCGGAUGUGACCCUGGACCCAGAGACUGCUCACCCUAACCUAGUCCUGUCAGAAGAUCGUAAGAGCGUCAAGUUUGUGGAGACAAGACUCCGGGAUCUCCCUGACACACCACGGCGGUUCACCUUCUACCCUUGUGUCCUGGCUACUGAGGGCUUCACCUCAGGCCGACACUACUGGGAGGUGGAGGUGGGUGAUAAGACCCACUGGGCAGUGGGCGUGUGCCGGGACUCCGUGAGCCGAAAGGGCGAGCUGACUCCACUCCCUGAGACUGGCUACUGGCGGGUGCGGCUAUGGAAUGGGGACAAAUAUGCAGCCACCACCACGCCUUUUACCCCUUUGCACAUCAAGGUGAAACCCAAGCGGGUGGGCAUAUUCCUAGACUAUGAGGCCGGCACACUGUCUUUUUACAACGUCACAGACCGCUCUCAUAUCUACACUUUUACUGAUACUUUUACUGAGAAACUUUGGCCCCUCUUCUAUCCAGGCAUCCGGGCUGGUCGGAAGAAUGCUGCACCACUUACCAUCAGGCCCCCAACAGAUUGGGAGUGACAGGACUUUGUCCAGACUCUCCUCUUACCUUUGUGCCUUGACUGUGGUUCUUUGUGGCAAGAUGCUUUGGUUGGUAAAACAAUAUGGAACAAAGGAUCCACUGAAGUGAUCUCUGUGUUGUGUGGUAAUUUGACGAUGGCCUUGUGUUGAUGUGUAAGAAUCACUGGUGUUAAGAAUGCAUGAUCCUGGGGUUUGCCCUCAGUGAUUAAUCAAGGUCUGGGGUGGGCCUGGAUGUCUACAUUGUAAACAUACUCCUCAUUUGAAUUUAGGGAUCCUUGUGAAAUUAAUCCCAGAGGAGGUUUUGGCCAUUUCUUCUGAGCUGGAGGCCUGGUUUCCUGCAUGGCCUGUUGGGGUUUGAGAAGGGAGAGAGGCCUUUUUCUCUCCUUAAUGCUACCCUUUCCCUGUCUCAAGGUUCAUUCAUGUUCUGCCGCUCCAGCUCACAUCCCUCUACUUCUGACUUCAGGAACUGGUGGUCAUUAACUAUGAGGCAGAAGUAAACACAGGAUGUCAAACAGAACAAACAGGAGACAG